CUCAAGAAAAAGCCCUAAAACACUACUCACAUUUAAGUAUACUCCUUCCUCACGCCGCCGAACUUCUCCAACCUCCAUUGAAGAAUCGCCACCGCUCUCCAGAAGAAUCGCCCUCCAGCCUCCAUUAAAGAAAUAUUUGAAAAAUUGUUCGUUGGCUGAGAAAAUGAGCUUAAUUUCUCAGAAUGCCCUAACUAAAGAGGUAGGGAAGAAGAAAAAGAGGGAGAUGGUGAAAGACAAGAUUGAACUUGUCGAAGAAGAGGUUGGGGAUGGAGACAAAACUGUCGUGGACCCUACGAGAAAUAAUAAGAGAAAGAAAGGGCGAAAGGAGGAGGAUGACGAGCAAUUGGAAAUUGAGGAGGGGAAGGAGAGAAAGAAGCUCGAAAGCUUUUUGUUUAGCAACUUAUACUCACCGGUUGGGUUUGGGAAGGACGAUGAAGAAGAAGAAGCUAGAGAGGAGGUGGACAACAACUCUGCGUUGUUCUUCACUGAUAGGUCAGCAGACAGCACAUUGUCUGUGUACGAAGAGGACAUUGAGUCUGGAGAUGAGAGUGCUGAUGAACAGGAUAACAAUGAGAGAAAACCUGUGUGGGUUGAUGACGAAGAGAAAAAGACUAGUAUAAACAUAGCCAAGAUCAACAAACUGCGGAAGCUGAGGAAAGGAGAGGAUGAAAGUGUAAUUUCUGGUGAAGCGUAUGAGUCGAGAUUGAGAGCUCAGCAUAUGAAGAUGAACCGAGGUACUGAUUGGGCACGUCCCAAUUCUCAGCCAGUGUAUAGUUCUGAAGAUGAUGAUUCUGACAAAGAAAGCGGAGUGGUGGUAGCCAGUGGUUAUGAGCGUCCUGAAUAUGCUGAUGAUGUCCUCAGGUCAAAUGAAGAUCUUGUUCUGAACAGGAGUGUGAAACUAUUACCGGGGCUUCUUGAAUACUCGAGAUUGUCUGACGCCAAUAUGAAGGACCCUUCCCAAGGUCCAAUUAAUUCUGUGCAGUUCCACAAGAAUGCACAGCUGCUCCUUGUUGGUGGGUUGGAUAGAACAUUGAAGUUCUUUCAAGUAGAUGGGAAGAAAAAUGAGAUGAUCCAGAGCAUUUUUCUGGAGGACUGUCCUAUUCGAAAGGCUGCUUUCUUGCCUGAUGGAUCACAGGCCAUCAUAUCAGGAAGGAGGAAGUUUGCUUAUAGCUUUGACUUAAUCAAAGCUCAAGUAGAUAAGAUAGGCCCUCUUGCAGGACGGGAUGAGAAGAGCUUGGAAUCGUUUGAGGUUAGCCCUGAUUCUAAAACCAUCGCCUUUCUUGGAAACGAAGGGUGUAUUCUGUUGGUGUCAUCAAAGACAAAAGAACUGAUUGGUACGCUGAAGAUGAAUGGAAGUGUUAGAUCUGUAGCAUUCACUAAUGAUGGACAUCAAUUGUUGAGUUCAGGUGGGGAUGGGCAGAUUUAUCACUGGGAUCUGAGGACAAGGCUGUGCUUCCACAAGGGCGUCGAUGAAGGUUGUCUGACUGGUACAGCUUUGUCUGUUCCCCCAGUUGGUAAUUUAUUUGCAGCAGGUUCAGACAGUGGGAUUGUGAACAUCUACAACAGAGAUGAGUUCAUAGGUGGGAAGAGAAAACCUAUAAAAGUUAUUGAAAACUUGACUACUAAGGUGGAUUUCAUGAAAUUCAGUCCGGACGCACAAAUUUUGGCCAUCAGUUCUCGCAUGAAGAAGAAUAGCAUGAAGCUGGUUCAUGUCCCGUCUCUAACUGUUUUCUCGAACUGGCCUCCUCCAAAUAAGGCUGUGCACUAUCCAAGCUGCAUGGAUUUCAGCCCUCACGGAGGUUUCAUGGCUGUGGGAAAUGCUGCGGGAAAAGUCUUAUUAUACAAGUUGCAUCACUAUAAUCGGGCUUAGUCAGUUUCUUAUCGGCCAAAUUAGAUGCCAAUUUUGUUAUGUUUGCUUAUUGAGGCUAAUUGACAUGAUCAGUUAUGUUUGUUAUACUACAAUGUUUGUAUUUCUUCUGAGAAAGUUGAAAGUUUAUUUUUCAUCAA